UCACAGAAUACUGCGCUCUAACCUUCACCUGAUCAGUGAAGCGUGCAUUACCCGACAUGCGCACGAUCCAUGACGCUGGCUUUCUCGUAUUCACGGCAGCCGCCUGCGCCGUUUACGUAGCCCCUUUCAGAUACCUAACAUUGGAAGAAGGGGGGUGGUGGUGGUCCGUGAGCGGAAGUGACAGAGAGGAAAAGAAUGAUGAAGCUGAAGAGCAAUCAGACUCGGACAUAUGACCGGGACGGGUACAAGAAACGGGCGGCGUGUGUCUGCUUCCGGGACGGGGCCGAGGUUGAAGUACUGCUGGUAAGCAGCAGCAGGUAUCCAGACCAAUGGAUUGUACCAGGAGGUGGGCUGGAACCAGGGGAAGAGCCUAGUGCAGCAGCGGUUCGGGAGGUGUGCGAGGAGGCUGGAGUUAAAGGCAUAUUGGGUCGUAUGCUGGGUGUAUUUGAGAAUUUGGAGCGGAAGCACAGGACAUAUGUUUAUGUCUUGACAGUCACAGAGAUACUGGCAGAUUGGGAGGAUUCCUUGAGUAUAGGACGGAAGCGUUGCUGGUUCACUAUUGAAGAAGCAGUGAGUGCUUUACAGGGGUACAAACCAGUGCAGGCCUCCUAUUUUCAAAGCCUGAGGCAGAAUUGCCAUUCCAACAAUGGCACCAUCCCUCUGCCCAGCCAGAGCCCACUACCUGAUGUCAGAUGACCCAUUAUACAUAUGGACUCAAAUUUGUUACAACUCCUCUCCAGAGAGGUAGAUAACUGGCAAUCACCGGACAGAGCCCCAAACAAAGAGCAAGAAUCCCAUUUGUCCUGAAGUUGUUGUUCAGAGAAGGGUUAUGCAUGCUGUGUUUUAGUUAUCCCCUCCUUCAAUAAUGUGGACUUCUUUUUGUCACCGUCACGUUUAUGUCAAACUUUACUUUAGCCUGUACUUUAAUAGUAUGUCCUCGACUUGUAUUUAGUCUCACACCUUAACAUAGAAUUAUUUCUCUAUGUCCUCUGCUCAAACAUGCCCUUGAAAUUCACUAAAUCACGCCCCCUACUUUUUUUAUUCUCUUUUCUUUUCAUUGCCUUGUUACCAAUCACAGGUAUUUUAAUUUGUACUCGGUAAUGUCUCCUUGCCAUAGUGAGUGCUGAUGUGACUUUAACAUCAUCCAUCUCUCAUAUUUUCCCUAUUGUGCUAUGGCUUCAUGCGGUUCUUUAUGGAAAAUUCCACCACAACUUUUCUCAAACCCUGACCUUUUUCUGUCAUUUGAAUGGUCAAAGGGACACGUAGUGAGAAUGUAAUUUGGUAAUAUGUAAACAUUGGUGGUUUUAAAGACCUAUUGUUAAUUUACCUUGUUGACAAAUUAUCUGAAUACCCAAGAUUUCUUAGUUGGGCACAUGUGCAAAUUGAUAGCUGACAAAACUCAUUAUUUUGAGAUGUGUACAUUUGGACAGGAUACAAAUAUGCAAGCUGGAUGAAUCUUCUUCACAGACAUACAACGUUUAUUGUGUAAUGAGUGUAAUUCCCCUUGAAAGGAAAUCAUGGUUUUUCACAUGUUAUGUCAUUUACAUAGUACUGUACACAACUUGAAAUGGAAGAAAAAAGGCUACUUGUGGUACCUUUGUGCAUUUUGUUAUAAGUGGGCUUAUGUUUUGCAAACAAAGCCAUUUGUGCUAACUGAGUUUUUGUGAUAAAUCUAUGUUGUAUAAUG